CCUCCCUCCGCCACUGCAGAGAAAGAGAGCCUGUAGCUGGGUAUACAGCCAGGAGGAGCCCUCAGAGAGAACCACCUUGAUACAAACACACAUAUAUUUAUAUACAUAUAUAUUUGUUUGUAUUUCUCGCCAUAGCUCAGCGACCUACCAACUCCCCCCUCCUCCUCCUCCUCCUCCUCCCCCCCUCCUCCUGUUGGACCUCUUUACCGCUCACGUCGCCUCCUGGAUUUCAUCAUCCGACCUGCAAGAUGGGGAAUGAAGCCAGUUUCCCGUUGGAGAUGUGCACACAUUUCGAUGCGGAUGAGAUCAAGCGCCUGGGGAAGCGCUUCAAGAAGCUGGACCUGGACAACUCGGGCUCCCUCAGCGUGGAGGAGUUCAUGUCGCUGCCGGAGCUGCAGCAGAACCCUCUGGUCCAGAGAGUCAUCGACAUCUUCGACACGGACGGGAACGGAGAGGUGGACUUCAAAGAGUUCAUCGAGGGCGUCUCUCAGUUCAGCGUCAAAGGAGACAAAGAGCAGAAGCUCCGCUUCGCCUUCCGUAUCUACGACAUGGACAAGGACGGCUUCAUCUCCAACGGGGAGCUGUUCCAGGUGCUGAAGAUGAUGGUGGGCAGCAACCUGAAGGACACGCAGCUGCAGCAGAUCGUGGACAAGACCAUCAUCAACGCGGACCGGGACGGGGACGGACGCAUCUCCUUCCAAGAGUUCUGCUUAGUGGUCGGGGGUCUCGACAUACACAAAAAGAUGGUGGUGGACGUGUGAGCGCUCCUCCACACGCCUCCUCUUCCUCUCUCCUCCAGCCCUCUGUGCUCCUCAAGUAUUCUCUCUCUCUCUCUGAAGGACAUGGGGUUGUGAGGGAUUUAAACGUCAUCUCUUUUUUUGAGUUGUCUUUUCAAAGGAAUGAAAAACACAAGUAUAGGUAUGUUUGUCUGUUGAGGGGCAACACUGGACUCUACUAGGAAGGAGGGUCCGUUAUUACCCACAAUGCACCUGCAGCCAUAUCCGCCAUGAGAGCAGCGACGCUUCCAGACCCUUUGAGCACAGUAAUCCAUCUUCACGUCGCCAGAGAUUAUCUUUAGUUAGAAAUUAAUGCCAAGAAAAUGUCUUUUAAAAAUAAAAUAUGUAUUUGCGGCUGCAAAAUUGUUUUUUCCAACAACAAAAAAUUGACGAUCUCCAGAUGAGACGGAUUUUUUAAGUUCUAUGAAUAUGAGGUCGUCGAUAACCAGCUUCAAAUGAAGCGAAGAAAUGAGAAUAAUUGUGUUUGUAAAUUUUAAAAAACAUUAACAAAAUUUUACCGAACGGGGAGAAAAUCCACGCGUUUCAUCCAUUCAUGACAUACAUGUGGAUCCUUUAAAAAUAAAUAAUAUUCUUGUUUA